AUGUCUUUCAAAGUUCUCUCUCUGCUCCUCGCUUCUCUGGGGUUUGUUUUGAUGGAAGAAAACAUCUCGGGCGUAAGUACAAGGACUCCCAGUGCCAGACCAGUGCAAAGACGCUACUCUGAGGCCACCCUGGCAAGCGAUUACAGCCGCACGAUGGACAGCAUGCUGAAGAAGAACUUUGUGGAAUGGUUGCUAGCCAGACGGGAGAAGAAAAGCGACAACAUUAUCGAGCCGUACAAGCGGGAAGCUGAGCCCCAAGUAUCAGCGGGGAACGGUCAGAGAUUGGACCUGGGCACUGAGGAAGCCAAAGAUUUCUUCGCCUGGCUUCUAAAAGCCAAGAAAAAUCAGAGGUGUAAUCACCUUAAAAUCAUCACGAUGGUGGUAACGAUGGCAAGCCGAGCUUGCCGGGAACAGGUACCUCUGGGCAAGGCGAAGUACAAGGAGCGAGGGACGGUCUUGGCUGAGGAUCAGCUGGCCCAGGUGGGAGAUUAA